AUGCCUGGAAUCACCGUUUGUACUGAUUUUGAAAAUGAACGUUUUAUUGAAGAGUUCUACCAACGCACUACAAAUGCAUCGAUUGAUAAGAAUUCAAAACACUAUCAAGAUUAUCGUCACGACAUGACAAUAAUCGGAUCAAUAACUGCAGACAGCAUGCACUUGAUUGAUAAACUUAAAAAUAUGAAAUUAUUCAGGAAUCUCAGUGGAGAAGAUUUGUUGGAUGUCGUGGCAAACAUGAAAACAGACACUCGACAGUUAGAUUUUGAUCGUAGUUUGCGUCCAAUUAUUUCAGAAGCUGGAAUAUGUCACACGCAUUCGACCAUCUACGAUUAUUUCAUGAAAGAUUUUCCAAUCAAAUGGAACGAAAAGACACAGAGAUGGUGGGAGCCCCUUUGGCCAUGUAGCAUACUUCAACAUUGUAAUAUGAUUUCCGCAUUAGUUAGACCUAUCAAAAAAGCAAAGAUUUAUUUUCAUGGAACAAAGGACAUACUUAAUUUAAAAAGAUCUCCACAAUCUGAAUGGUAUCCCACAACAGACUUUAAUACCAUGCAAUUUGAAAUAGAUAUAAGUGCCGUAUCCACUAGCAAUCGCACCAAAAUGUUUGGCAUUGAGAGUCGCAAGUGUAGAUUUGAAGAAGAAAUUACAUCAAAUCGUAGCUAUCCGCUUGGUGUGUACACGCAAAACUUUUGUUUGAUGGAAUGUAGUGCUGAUAUUGCGGUAAAAUUGUGUGGAUGUCGGCCAUUCCUUUACAAUAUGGGCCCUGGACCUAUUUGCAAUGUGACUGCAAUGAUUUGCUUGUAUAAAAAUGAUUGGAAUGCAUACAGGGAAAACUGUUCAUGUUUACCGCAAUGCAAUUCAGCUGAAUAUUCAUUCGUGCGAACACAAAAAAAUUGGGGUGAUUAUAUAGUUUCGCUGAAACCAAAAAUAAAAAAGACACGAAUCAAAAGAGAUAUUAAAUUUGGAAUCCAUUUCUUGGUUGUAUCGAUCGGUGGAGCUGCAGCAUUGUUUCUCGGAUGCAGUCUAAUAAGCAUUGCUGAGUUUAUCUACCUUGUCACAAUUCACGUGUAUGUGAACUACGCAAAGAGAUCCAAAGCGAAACAAGAAAUCAGUGAAAAUACUCUUGAGAGUAAAAAUGACAUUUCAAGUGAUGCAAACUACAUUGGAAAAUUGCAAAACAAGCUUAAUUACUUUCUACAAAACAGUAAUUUACAUGGAUUACGAUACUUAGAUGUGGCUCGAUAUGAAUUUUUCGAUCGUAUUUAUUGGAUUUGCAUUAUAAUCGUCUCAUUAAUUGCAAUGAUUUGGAUAUUGGUAUACACAUUAAAUGACUCUUUGGACAAUUUGAUUGUUACCAAUUUCGAUGUGAUCAAAUCAAACCAGAAGAAUAUAUUUCCUGGCAUUUCGAUUUGCAUGACGAGGUUGGCUGAAGCCGAAGUAAUAUCUGAAGAUAUAAAGCAAUUUAUUCAAAAAUAUUACGCAGAGCACAACAUUGAUGAACCAAAAUCCGAGGACUUAUAUUUUCAAAUUAUGGACUAUGCAUAUCACAGUUUUGGUAUUAACAGAUAUCUAAGAAAAUUAGAUAUUUGUGAAGCAAUAAAUAGUACUUGCGGUGUGGAUGUUAAGAUUAUUAAACAAAUGCUUUGGCCACAAUGUAACAAUCUGUUUAAUAUUCAAUUUAACGGAAGACAUUAUUACAACUGCAACGAUAUUUUCAAACGAAAAAUCAUUUAUGGUGAAGGCGUGUGCUACGUGGCUAACUCAAUUUCCUUCUAUAAUUUAGAUUGGGACCAACUACCAUUGACUUACUCUGCACAUGAAAGAAAUAACACAUUCAGCUUUGAUUUAAUUCAAAUGGAAGGUUUUAUUUUUUAUAUUUUAUUUCACAGUCCAGAUGAAUUUCCGAAUGCGCUUUUUAGUCCAUUUUCUAGUCUCAUUGAUGACAAGGAUCAAGAAUUCAGAGUGAAGACUACUCAAAUGAUAAAUUCGGCAGACAUAAGAGAUCUUUCGAUUGAAAAGCGACAGUGUCGAUUUCCCGAUGAACGUUGGCCCCCGAAUGCAUCUAUGCCCUAUAGUUUUGCCACAUGUUUUAUUUAUGUCCGGGCCCAAUUGGAAAUACAACUCUGCAAUUGCACACUACACUUUGCACCGAGUGAAUGUAAGAAAUUCGUUUAA